AUGUCCGGAUUCAACGGCCGCCGUGCGCCCAAUUUCUCCCAGUACAUCGAGGACCUCAAUGCCAUUCCCUCGCCCUACGACCAGGCUCUGCAGCAGCAACAAAGACAAGACACCUUCAAUCUCGAUGCCGAGCUUUCAUUAUUCACCAACACCGAGUUCUUUGAUUUCGACUCGUUUGGGGAUCUGAACCUGCCUACGUUCAAGGAUGAUGGAUUGAAGACGGACCAGCAAAAUGGAGGACAGACGGCUCACAAUCCUGAUCUCGAGUUCUUGAAUCUCCUUGGAGAUGGCUUUGGCAACAUGCCCGAUUUCUCGGCACCCAACCUGAACUCGGCCAACAGUCAGCCGCCUUCGAUCGCAACCCCCCAGUUUCCCGAGGUCCCGUCGGUCUCGACCGGCAUUGCCAGCGCUCCUUACAAUGUGAAGCCCAGCCCGGCUCAGUCUACCUCGAGUGCCACAUCCCCAUCCAUACCCGCGUCGAGUCCCAUCGCGGCGGCGGCUCCGGCCUCUGUAGCGCCCCCUAAGCGCAAGAAUACCCAGAAGACCGCUGCCAUCAGCGUCGAGGAGGCUGCCCGCGUGGCCGCUGAAGAGGACAAGCGUCGGCGGAACACGGCGGCCAGUGCGCGAUUCCGGGUCAAGAAGAAGCUCCGGGAGCAAGCGCUGGAGAAGACGGUCAAGGAGACGAACGAGAAGAAUGCCGCGCUGGAAGCCCGCGUGACGGCGCUGGAGCUGGAGAACCAAUGGCUGAAGAACCUGAUCACGGAGAAGAACGGCAAGACGUCGGAGGAGACGAAGCAGUCCGAGAACGACAUUGCCGAUAUGUUCAAGAAGUUCCUGGCGUCGCAACAGCCCGAUGCUCCACGGAGGACUCACGAGUCGAAGCUGGGCGUGGGUACGGUGUGA